ACGUCACUGGGGAUGUUUCUGCCCAUGCUCACGAAGCAGGGGAGAUCAGCCCGACUGCAGCCGAGAGAUGCCUCGCAGUGAUGUAACGUUGCCCGUUUGGUGACUACGGAUGGCAGUCUGUGCCAGGCUCUGCGGGGUGGGUCAGUCGCGGAGAUGCCGCAGGCGACAGCGGCAUAACCAGCAGGACCAGGGCAGCGAUUCCGACAUGGACGCGGAAGAAGAAGAAGAGGAGCAGAUCGUGGGGCAGACGCAAGGCGACGGAGGCGGAGGAGGCGCAGGCCCGGGCUGCGGCGGCGGCUGCGCCCCGGCAGGGCCGAGCGUCGCUCGCGAAGAUGGCAGCUGUCACAGCAACAGUGCAGGCGCUGUGGGUCGCGGGGGCACGGGACCCCCUCGCCCGCAGUCGUUAGCGGAAUUACCGCCGGAGCUUCUAGUGGAGAUAUUCUCCCUGCUCCCCGGAACCGCGCUGCCGAAUGUUGCGCUCGUAGGAAAGAAAUUCCGACAAAUCCUCAACACCGAAACCAUCUGGAGGAGGCGGUGCAUGGCAGAGUUUGGAAUGAAGGAGGAUCUGAGGAGGGUGGAAGUUGGAGGAGUGUCCAGCCGGGACCUCUAUGUUAAACGUGUCAACCCACGGGUGAAGUCCGGGCGCUUUAUGAAGCUCCUCCCGGACUACGAGCACACGGACUAUAGAGACGUGUACAAACGCUUGCUACACCCGUACAGACAUAUCUUGGGCUUAUGGCAGCCUGACAUAGGGCCUUAUGGGGGAUUGCUCAAUGUUGUGGUGGAUGGCCUGUUCAUCAUCGGCUGGAUGUAUUUGCCUCCUCAUGACCCCCGUGUGGAGGAUCCCAUGAGAAGACGGCCGCUCUUUCGCAUCCACAUGUGGGAGAGCGAUAAGGCGGCUGUGGAGUGUAUGUACGGACACAAGGGGCCACACAAAGGAGACAUACAGACUGGAAAGAAGGAUGAAUUUUCAACAAAGUGCAACCAGACUGAUCAUCACCGCAUGCCAGGAGGCAGACAGGAGGAGUUCAGGACAUGGUUGGAGGAAGAAUGGGGCCGGACACUGGAAGAAAUCUUCCACGAGCACAUGCAGGAGCUCAUUCUGAUGAAGUUUAUUUACACAAGUCAAUAUGAUAACUGCUUGACAUACCGGAGGAUCUAUCUGCCGCCUUUGAUGCCCUCCGACCUUCUCCAUCCGGGCCUCUUCAAAGGCACCUACGGCAGCCAUGGCUUGGAAAUCGUCAUGCUCAGUUUCCACGGGAUCUAUCUGAGAGCCACCAAGCUCACUGGAGACCCCAAUGUUCCUGCAGGGCAACUCACUUUAGACGUUGACCUGAGCCGGCCUGUCGUCCUGCCAGACUUGGAGCUCCAGCGCAGCAUAGAGGAGCUGUCCCGGCUGGUUCUGGGGGUACACGCAGAGGUCCAGAGAGAAGAGCAGGAGCAGGCCAAGCAUGCUCCUGCUGCAGUCGGAGGUGCAGCAGAGGGGGCCAGGGGUAAUGCCAGUGCAGCCGAUUGGGGGGAGGAGGACCGCGUUACCUGUUCAGACAGUUGCCAAGCUGGCCCCAGCACCAGCACCAGUCCUUCUGAGGCCCAGCCCUUUGUCCUGCCACUGGGAGUUAUGGCUCGCAAUGAGGUCUACCCUCGCACCUGUAGAAAAUGCUUCUAUGGUACAGGCCUGAUCGCUGGUCACGGCUUCACGAGUCCCGAGCGCACCCCGGGGCUCUUUGUGCUGUUUGACGAGGACCAUUUUGGCUUCAUCUGGCUGGAGUUGAAGUCUUUCAGUUUUUACAGUCGGCUGACGGACCAACUAGCUCACGCUCAUGCCCCAAAUAUGGAGAGAUUUGAGGCCAUGCUGUGCAACAUGCAGUCCUGGACAUCCUGAUGCACCACAAUUUUAAGCUUCACCCCACAAUACAAUGCAUAAAAACAACCAUUUUACACAAAUCAUCUCCCGCUGCCCUUUGAGUCGUGACCUAUGACCUACCACGAUAGCUCAUGACCGCAGUUGUCCCCGUGUUCCUGGUAUGUUUGUCAAACAUUUGGUUUUAUUGUCUCAUUCAAUGAGAUAUAUCGCCCUGAUCUCAUGCAAGCACUUUAAAAGGCCUCCUAAGUCACCGUUUAUCAGCUCACCACAGAAUGACCGUUGUCCUCUGAAAACAAGUCACAGUGACCCUUUUUAAAAUUUAUUUAUUUAUUUCCCCCGAGGCGUAAAGGAACGAUGUUUCUUAUCGCUUAUUAUGAAUCAAACUCUACGUGCCUCUGAUAAAACCUGUACUUGAUAGUGCUUGAAGACGAUAAAAGUCUCCAAUGUAUUCUACUAUAAAGCAUUAUUCAGAGUUAACCGCCCCACCACAUGUUGUACUGCAUGCUGCAUUUUGUCUAUGUAAUCACAACACAAUGUUUUUCUUUUGUGUAUCUUUGCUUAAAAGAAACCCAGCUUCUCAGGUGUUUUUCUCUUCAUAAGCCAGUGAAAACCCGAAGUUAAGUACCAAAAGUAACCAAAAUAUAUGAAGUUCAAAAGCCUUUUAGAAAUUUGUCCACUAAAAUACAGUGUAAUUGUGUCCCCUUUGACUAGAGAGGGUGUGCCGUCUUAUCCCAUCUAAACACUUCAGAUACAACAAUCAGCCAGUUUUGGCCCUUUUGAACUUCAUAGAUAGUGAUAUGACGUGGCUCAUGGUACUACAUGUCACACACACCUUUCAUGUCAUCACACCUGAUAUAACAUUAGUUAGUGCUGCAAUAGAGUAACAAAACCUUUUACAUGAGCUGGCCGUGAUGUUAAGUUACACAGUGUGCUUAUAUAAUGAUCUGAAAGUGAACCUUUUCUGGACACAUACAUUUGUUGUGUUGAAUUGGCUGACCCAUCAUUUGCCUGGCUUUCCAACUGCAAAGUUGUUCCCUCCAGUUUUCCAAAUCAUUUCAAACUUGAGACCAGGCUAUUUGAACAUUAUACAAAAUAACAGCUCGAGGUUCUAAGUAAGUGUCUAUUUGUCUCCUUACAGCUGAUGAUGGGGUUGCUCAGUAGCUUCCUUACUCCAAGUGCACUUUCCUGGGCAGUAUAGUGACUCAUUCAGCCAGCACUUUUAUAUCCGACUGCUGCUUUAAUAACAUUUGCAAAAUCAAAAGGGUCUGCUUUUGUUAUUUUAUUAUUACUUUUUUUUUAAAUUAAUUUCCUCUUAAUUUAUUUACAUUCUCACAUAUAUCCUAAGCCCUCUGUAGCUUGCUAUUGGAGUGAUUUGCCUUUGAAAAAAAUAAAAUAUUACUUUGUACCAUUUUGAAUGCCACACGCUUGAUUGUGGGGAAGUUUGACCUAUUGAACAGCUCGCAUCACACUUCAGGGAGCUUUUCAGCUUAAGCGCUCUUCUCAGUAAUAAUAAAAAAAUAAAAUACAUAAACUUUC